AUGCGGGAGCUGGGGAGCGUAGAUGCAUUUCUGUGGGUGCUGAGGGCCUGCUUCGAGGACCGCACCACUGCCGAGAAGGCGGAAGCAUUCCUCUACACCUUUAAACAAGGCAAGUUGACAGUUCGAGAAUACUCAAUUGAUUUCUACAGCAAGCUGCCAAAAUCCGUGACAGGUCCGACCCAUAUGGUGACCAAGUUUCACCAGCACGUCUUGGCCUUGGUGUUUGCGGUAAAUGAGAUCAACAAAAAUCCCAGAAUCUUGCCAAACAUCACUCUCGGGUAUCACAUCUUUGACGACUACCAUGACACAAGGAUGACAUGUCGCACCACCUUUGAUCUGCUCUAUAAAUUGCAUCGAUAUUUUCCUAACUAUGAAUGUGAUGCCCACAAAAACCUAACUGCUGUCAUUGGGGGAUUUAGCUCUGAUACGUCCUUCCACAUAUCAGACAUCCUAAGUCUCUACAAAAUUCCACAGCUGACAUAUGGAUCUUUUGGCCUAGAGCAGAGAGAUGCAAAACACUCCCCUUUAUUUUACCACAUGGUCCCAAAUGAAGCUCAUCAGAAUAUGGGGAUCAUCCGGUUACUUUGCCAUUUCCAAUGGACGUGGGUUGGGCUUUUUGCUGUGGAUGAUGACAGUGGAGAACAUUUCUUGAAGGUUCUGGAACCACUGCUUUCCCAACAUGGAAUCUGUUUGGCUUUGAUACAGAAAAUUCCUAACAACUACAAAUGGGAUUACUUGGAUUAUGCCACUGAUUUAUCGUUAAAUAUAAAUUUACCUUUGAGGGACAGCAAAGUCAAUACAUUUAUCGUCUAUGGAGUAACGAUGGUCUUUAUAACACUUUGUACUCAUAUAUUUCUAGGUGAUCCCAAUUAUGGAGAAAAUGCAUCAUUGAGAAAAGUAUGGAUUAUGACAACUCAAGUUGAUUUUGCAUUAACAGGCCUUCACAGGGUCUGGGAUUUUGAAUUCUUCCAUGGGUCCAUUUUGUUCUCAAUUCACUCAAAUGAGCCUCUUGGCUUCCAAAGGUUUCUUCAAGACAUAAAGCCUUAUCAGCAGCAAGGAAAUGAAUUUCUUAAGGAAUUCUGGGAGCAAGCAUUUGACUGUUUAUAUCCAAAUCCCCAGGAGCCAGUGGAUGUCAGUGAAACCUGUACCGGAGAUGAGAGGCUGGAGAGUCUUCCUGGGCCUCUAUUCGAAAUGCAUAUGAGUGGUCACAGCUACAGCAUCUACAAUGCAGUUUAUGCUAUAGUGCACGCGAUUCAUGUCCUUUACUCAUCCAGAGCCAAUCACAGGGUGAUAGAUGGUGGUCAAAUAAUGAAACUUCAAGAAUUCCAGCCUUGGCAGGUCCACACUUUCCUACAAGGCAUUACAUUCAACAACUCAGCUGGAGAAAGAUUGUCUUUGAAUGAUAAAAGGGAAAUGGAAGGUGGAUUUGAUAUGAUGAACCUGGUCACUUUUAAAAACAAGUCCUUCCAUAGGGUGAAAAUUGGAAGGGUAAAUUCCAAUGCUCCUGAAGGACAAGAAUUCAUAAUUCAUGAGAAAAUGAUUGUGUGGCAAACCAUUUUUAAUGAGGUGGCGCCCCUUUCGGUGUGCAAUGACUACUGCCUCCCUGGCUAUCAGAAGAAAAAGAAGGAAGGGGACAAGUUUUGCUGCUACCAUUGUAUUCCUUGUGGAGAAGGGAAGAUUUCAAGCAAAAAGGACAUGGAUGAUUGCAUCGAAUGCCCAAGUGAUCAAUAUCCAACCAAAGAUCAAGAUGGAUGCAUUCCCAAGACAAUAAGCUUCCUGUCUUUUCAAGAGCCUCUAGGAAUUAGUUUGGCUUCUGUAGCAGUUUCUUUAGCCUUUAUCACAACUGUAGUUUUAGUAAUUUUCAUUAAAUACAAAGAUACCCCCAUUGUCAAAGCCAACAACCGGGAUAUCACCUACAUACUUCUCUUUUCCCUUUUGCUCUGCUUCCUCUCUUCUUUGUUAUUCCUUGGCCAACCAAGAAAGGUGACAUGCUUCCUCCGACAAUCUGCUUUUAGCAUCAUCUUCUCAGUGGCUGUUUCUUGUGUGUUGGCUAAAACCUUUACUGUGGUUGUAGCUUUCAUGGCAACCAAACCUGGGUCUAGCAUGAGGAAAUGGGUGGGAAGAAGUCUGACUAACUCAGUUGUCCUUUUCUGUUCCUUCAUUCAAGCAGGCAUUUCUGUGGUGUGGUUGGGAACCUCACCACCAUUCCCAGAUUUUGAUACACAGACAUUGAAUGAAAAGAUUAUAAUAGAAUGCAAUGAAGGGUCUGCCACCAUGUUUUAUAUUGUUCUAGGCUACAUGGGAUUCCUGUCCCUCAUCAGCUUGAUUGUGGCUUUCCUAGCCAGGAAGUUGCCAAACAGUUUCAAUGAAGCCAAAUUCAUCACUUUCAGCAUGAUGAUCUUUUGCAGUGUUUGGAUCUCUUUUGUUCCAACCUACCUGAGCACCAAAGGGAAAUCCAUGGUAGCUGUGGAGAUUUUCUCUAUCCUGGUGUCCAGUGCUGGGUUACUAGGCUGUAUCUUUUCCCCAAAAUGCUACAUUGUUUUGUUGAAACCUGAGUUGAACAGCAGACAGGAACUAAUGAGGAGGGAAAAAUAA